AUGUAUGAAGAAAUCAAGGCCAUCGAGAAGAAUGGUACAUGGGAGUUAACUCCACUUCCUGAAGGACAUAAGGCGAUUAGUGUAAAGUGGAAUAAGGAUAAAGAUUUUUUGAUUGUCUACCUAUAUGUUGAUGACUUGAUCUUCAUGGGAAGCAAUCCAAUUAUGUUUGGAAAAUUCAAAGAAGCGAUGACUAAGGAAUUUGAGAGGACUGAAAUUGGGCUUAUGGCAUACUAUCUGAGCAUCGAAGUGAACCGAAGGGAAGUUGGAAUCUUCAACUCACAAGAAGGUUAUGCAAGAGAGAUAUUAAAAAAGUUCAAGAUGGAUAAUAGUAAGCCUAUAAAUAUCCCAGUAGAAUACGGAGUCAAGCUAUCAAAGCAUGAUAAACUAGAAAAAGUUGAUCCAACACUUUUCAAGAGUUUGGAUAGUCGUUAUCUCCAACUGAAGAAGGUUGUGCACAAGAUUUGA